AUGACACAAGUAGAUAUAUCAAAAUGGAUAAUCCAUCCAAAAGGAUCCUUUGAAUUUGAAGAGAGGAAGAAAAGAUUGAGAGAAGAAAGACAGAAAAAAUUACAAGAGGUUAAAAGAGCAAACAUAGUUCAUAACGAUCCCAAUUUUCAACAUUUUAAGAAUUGGCUUUUGAAAAACGGUGGUUGUGGAGAAUAUAUUAACAUAUAUGAAUUUGAUUUCCAAGAUGAUCAAAAUAUUAGUGACACUUUUAAGGAAACAUCGGAAAACUACCUUCAUCCUUUAGAAACUGACCCAUUUAGCAAAUACAAUGCUGACAUCAAAACUGAACCCUUUCUUAAUGAAAAAAUAUCUGACAGUUUAGAAAAACAGGUUGAAAUAUUUCAGUCUGUUAAUGAAAAAAACAUAUUUCGUGAAAUAAAGACAAAAGACAAUAAACUAAUUGAAGAGUGCAAAUGUAUUAGAGAGCAGUUAUUAGAAAUUAUUAGAGAGUGUACUGGAUACAUCUUUGUGAGAGGAUGGUCUGGUUAUCGAGUGAAUACCCUGAUAUUCAAAUCUUAUUGUAAACAAGAUAAAGGUUACCAAGUUUUGAAGCCAAGAGAAAAAGUUAAAAAGCAACAUGAUCCCGAUAACUUAAAACAGUUUAGUUGCUCCUCAACCUUUUCAAUUCACUUUAAUAUUAAAAGAAAAACAGUCAAACUUAGCUUCUGUCAUAAAAUGAAGCAUGAUAUACUACCUGUUACCAAAAUUCCUUCUUCAUUAAAGCAGUUCAUAUCCACCAAUUUGUGUUUUACUGCAAGGGAAUGUUUUGAAAGCUUAAAAAGAACCCCAAUAUAUGCAGAGUUUGUCAAGAGUUUUGACGCCAAAAAUAUAGUUAAAAAGAUUUGGAAAGAGGUGUCGGAAUCACAAUGGAACUUAGAUAUAGAUUCUACUACAAGUGCUAUUAAAAUAUUAAAACGUUUUGAAGACACAGGGGAGGUUUCUAUUUUAUCAUGUGUUAACGAUGAUUCGGAAACGAAAACAAGUUUGAAUAAAUCAAAACCACUUGCCUUUAUAUAUGAAAAAGUUUUACUUCAGAUAAAGGAAGAAGUACGUGAAAUAGUAAUUGAUUCGACUUUUUCCCUAUCCACUGAUUUCAGACAGUAUUUUGUUGUAGUUGCUAACUUCUUCGGAAAAGGAGUACCGGUUGGUUUCAUGGCCACAAAGACAAAUUAUAUUGACCAAUUAACAGUUUCAUGGUUUCUAAAAAAUAUUUUAAAACGUUUACCAAAUGUAAGGUGUAUUAAUAGUGAUUGGUCAUUAGCUGAAAUUAAGGGAAUAAAAUCACUUGGCUAUUAUAAUCAAAUUUGCCUGUUCCACACUCUGACGGCAAUUAGAUGUAGAAGAACAGCCUCUAAAAAUUCACUUAUUCAAACUUAUUCUAAACAACUUUUCAAAGAUCUUUUUUCUUUUCCUUGGGUAGAUCAAAAGAAGUUUGAUUUAUCAAUAUAUGAUAUGAAGUAUCUUGAAAAAAUUACUGAAAGUCAGGCACGUUCAAUAAUUAAAGUUGUAAGGCUUGCAAUUUGUGAUCACAUUUUAUUCCAUUCCAUUGGAAAAAAGCAAAUAUUUAACAAGAGUGACAGUGAUAAUUUAAAAAUUUACAAAGUCUAUGAGUAUCACCUCAGGAGAAUUUAUGAAUUAGUAGUCGAACGUUUUUCCCUUCCUUGCUUUUUUUGCUAUUUGUUCAAUCAAUAUUACAACUUUACCUCUUUCUGUUUAAUGAGCCGAGUUGGAAAACCAGAUUUUUUUUCCAACCUCAGAACGUCAAUGAUGUGUGAGAGUUAUUUCAAUCAACUUAAAUCAUGGAAUCUAUCUGGUUCAAAAAACUAUAGAAUUGAUACAUUUGUUUACAUUUUGUUACACAAAGAUUUACAAAAGAUAAAGGGAAAUGUCAAAACAACUACAAAAUUUGAACAAAAAUAUGAUUCCACAAAUUUAGUACAUCAGCAUAACAAAAACCUCCCAACAUGGAGGAAACAAUGGGUUAUAGAAUGGAAGAGUUUAAGCAGGGAAAGACAGAGAAAAGAUUCUCAAAUGUUAGAAAAAGAAUGUGAACAUUAUGGAACACAAUUGAAAAACUGGCUUUGCAGUUGCGAUAGCUCUAUAUUAAGCCCUUCAUCAAGUUGUUUACAUCUAAACUUCUUAUACUCUGUCUUAUAUCCAAAUUAUCAUGGGUUUGAACUUCAGAGAUUUGGGAAAAGAGGUAAUGGCCUUCCAUUAAUUAAACACAAAUCUCUAGAAGAAAACUAUCAACCAGAUAAAGGAUCCAUGCUUUCCUUAUCAGAUGAAAUCCAAACGAAUAGUUCAUUUGAGUAUUUGACAUCUUCAAUAGAGGAAGAACAGGCUGAAAAGAUGAUAUUAGAGACAGAAUUUACACUCUCUUCUGAUAUUGCCGAUACUACAGAGGAUAGUGAAGCUGAGAGAGAUCUAGAAAUUUUCAAAUUCUUUCUUUCUGAUGAAGAAACAAAAUCUGUAAUAUUGCAAUCUCCACAGUUUAAGAGCAUAAUUUAUGAAAUGACUUAUGUCAUAAAACGUAAAAAAGAAGAGCCUAACUGGAGACCAAAAACCAAUUCACCAGAAAAAGGUUUUAAACAUCAAGCUUGGAUAAGAAGUCUCAAAUACCACCAAUUAUAUAUUGAUGUGAAAACAGAAGGUAGUAUGCCCCUUCCUAUAUAA